UAUUAUAGAAAGAGAUGUAUACUGUAGCUGGUCAUUACAGAUGUUCAUUAGUUAGAUUAGAAUUACAUAAUACUUGAACGAGGGAGAAGAAAUACCUCAUUGAGUGCGUCAAGAUCUUUUUUAUGCCUAAUUUGUCAUGUUCAUUAUUUAUGAGCUAGCCACAAGGUGAAUUUUUUUACACUGGCUUUUUUCUUCUGUAAUGGAGUAAGAUCUGUCUCUUUAUGGCUGUAGGGGAGACAGAACAACACUGCUCAGUGGUCUGCUUCAUCUGUCUGAGAAACUUUUAAUUGUCUUUAUGCCACUCAUACAUGUUUUUAUGCAUUUGGUAAAUCAAUUAUUGGCCAGGAUUUGAAAGGCUUGGAUGUGUGGAUUCGACUGCAUUGAUGUCUGUGCUGAAUUCACUGACUUAGCAAGGUUCAACCGAGAGAGAAAAAUUGUGACAGGUAUUUGGAUUCCUAGUACAGUGUUGACCUAUUCUCAUUGAAAGUGGAGACCACUGGAGGAAUUUGACCAGAUUCUAUUCUCUUCUGCCGUUUAACCUUUCAUAAAUCAUAUGAGAUAAUGGUCACCUUCUGUGAUGGAUAGUGGAUGGUGAACAAAAAGAAAAGAAGCAUCAACAGACAAUUUUCUUAGGUAAUUAAUGGACAGAUUACAGGACCUUGGCACAGUGGGAUAAUUGACAAGCAUGGCCGAGGACCAGGUAGAUGGACCGGGGAUGUCCCGGCCCCGGGAUUCCAGCUACGGGGUGGACGUGAUGGAGCUCCGCAAAAUCAUGGAGCACCACAAGAAGGAGGGCUACGACUAUGUACAGGAAAAGUACGGAGGAGUGCUGGAGCUGUGUAGACACCUGUACACCUCACCUAAUGAAGGUAUAUCUGGUUCCCCAGUCGACCUGGAGGACCGACGGAAGACGUUUGGGUCCAACGUGAUUCCCCCCAAGCCCCCCAAGACCUUCCUACAGCUGGUGUGGGAGGCCAUUCAGGAUGUGACCCUUAUAGUUCUGAUAGUUGCUGCUCUUAUCUCACUAGGAUUAUCAUUCUAUCCAAGAUCGGAGACAGAGGGUGGCGAUUCAUCGGAGUCGGAAGCGGGGUGGAUAGAGGGCGUGGCCAUUCUAGGAGCCGUGUCGGUGGUAGUGCUAGUGACAGCGUUCAAUGAUUAUCAAAAGGAGAAGCAAUUCCGAGGACUUCAAAGCAAAAUUGAGCACGAACAUCAAUUUUCUGUGAUUCGUGGCGGGCAGGAUAAAAAUAUUCCAGUAGGAGAAAUGGUUGUAGGGGAUAUAGCUCAAGUUAAAUAUGGUGAUUUGUUACCAGCAGAUGGAUUAAUAAUUCAAAGUAAUGACUUGAAAGUUGACGAGAGCUCCCUAACGGGAGAGUCAGACCAUGUAAAGAAAGGGGAGAAGACCGACCCUAUGAUGUUCUCAGGUACUCAUGUGAUGGAGGGUAGCGGUAAAAUGCUCGUGACAGCAGUAGGGGUCAACUCACAAACCGGAAUUAUUUUUGCCCUUCUUGGUGCCUCAAGUGAGGAAGGAGAGAAGGACAAAAAGAAAGACAAAAAGGACAAGAACAGGUUAAAAGGCGAGGAAGGAAAUGGAGUGACAGUUGUGGCUUAUAGAGGCACACGUACCAACACAGCAGGACAGAACACUCCAUACUCCAGAAAUUUUGAACAUGUGCUUUCUAGUGAUGCUGAUACAAAAGUGGAUAUCGAUAGUAUCCACCCGGUGAUUCCGACCGGAAACAACGCCCACAACAACUCUUCCAAUGCCAACAACAAGGUCGCCAACAAAGGGGAGGGAGAGCAAGAGGAGAAUGUUCCCAAACCCAAGGUCGAGAGCGCUAGGAAGGAGAAGUCGGUUCUACAGGGCAAACUGACCAAGCUGGCCAUUCAAAUCGGAUACGGAGGCACGGCUGUGGCUGUACUGGUGGUGCUGAUUCUGAUUGUCAAGUUCUGUGUGAUCGAGUUUGGCAUUAAUGGCAAGUCCUGGGAGGCGGACAAAACGGCCGAGUACAUCGAGACGUUUGUCUUCUACUUCAUCAUCGGAGUGACUGUGCUGGUGGUGGCUGUCCCUGAGGGUCUCCCCCUGGCCGUCACGCUGGCCCUGGCCUACUCCGUCAGAAAAAUGAUGGAUGACAACAACUUGGUGCGUCACUUGGACGCAUGCGAGACCAUGGGUAACGCCACGGCCAUCUGCUCGGACAAGACGGGAACCCUCACCACCAACAGGAUGACUGUAGUCCAGUCCUACAUGGGUGGAGCCCACUAUAAGAGCACCCCUAACUUCAGUGCCCUGGCGCCCUCUCUCCAAGAGCUGGUGGUCCGCAGUAUCGCCAUCAACAGUGGCUACACCUCACGUGUCAGUCCUGACAAGGAUGGGGGCCUACCUCAGCAGCUAGGAAACAAAACAGAGUGUGCUCUGCUGGGCUUUGUCCUUGACAUGGGUCAGAAGUACCAGACGGUCAGGGACGAGGUGCCAGAGGAAGCCCUGUACAAGGUGUACACCUUCAACUCGGUCCGUAAGUCCAUGAGCACUGUUAUCAGCAUGAAGUUCGGCUACCGGCUGUUCACCAAGGGAGCGUCGGAGAUCAUCCUCAAAAAGUGUAACUACAUACUGGACUGUAAGGGUAAGCCCCAGCCCUUCAAAGUUGAGGACCAGGAGAACAUCGUGAAGAAUGUGAUUGAGCCGAUGGCCGAGGACGGACUCCGUACUAUCUGUUUGGCCUACAAGGACUAUCAUACCGACCCUAGUACAAAGACUGAGGACAAUGAGGAGGUGAUCAAGGACAACCACGACUGGGAGGAUGAGGACUCUGUGGUCCGUAACCUGACCUGUAUCCUGGUGACCGGUAUCGAGGACCCGGUCAGAGACGAGGUUCCAGCUAGCAUUAAACAGUGCCAGAGUGCAGGAAUCACGGUCCGAAUGGUCACUGGAGACAACGUCAACACUGCACGGUCGAUUGCCGCCAAGUGUGGCAUCCUGACCCCCAACAAAAGCUUCCUGGUACUGGAUGGAAAGGAAUUCAAUAAACGCAUCCGAGACGAGAAUGGAGAGGUCAGUCAGGAACUUUUGGACAAGAUUUGGCCUGACCUUCGAGUGUUGGCCAGAUCCUCCCCCCAGGACAAGUACACACUGGUCAAGGGCAUCAUAGACAGCAAGUGUUCCACCAGCCGGGAGGUGGUGGCAGUCACAGGGGACGGAACCAAUGACGGCCCCGCCCUCAAGAAGGCUGAUGUUGGCUUUGCCAUGGGUAUCUCAGGAACAGAUGUAGCCAAGGAAGCCUCGGAUAUUAUCCUUACGGAUGACAAUUUUACCAGCAUCGUCAAAGCUGUCAUGUGGGGCAGAAAUGUGUACGACAGCAUCGCCAAGUUCUUACAGUUCCAGCUGACCGUCAACUGUGUGGCUGUAAUGGUUGCUUUCUUUGGAGCCUGUAUCAUAAAUGACAGUCCCCUAAAGGCCAUUCAGAUGCUGUGGGUCAACCUGAUCAUGGACACGCUGGCCUCCCUGGCCCUGGCCACAGAGCUGCCCAGCAUGGAACUCCUAAAGAGAAAACCGUACGGCAGGACCAAGGCCCUCAUCUCCCGAACCAUGACAAAAAACAUUAUGGGACAUUCUCUCUAUCAGCUUAUUGUUGUUUUUGUUCUCUUAUUUGAAGGAAAUAAUUUGUUUGAAAUAGACGAUGGAAAAUAUCAGAAAAUUCAUGCCCCUCCCACACAGCACUUCACCAUCAUCUUUAACUCUUUUGUUAUGAUGACUUUAUUUAAUGAAGUCAAUGCUCGAAAAAUCCAUGGGCAGCGAAACAUAUUGGAGGGAUUAAAGAGAAAUCCAGUGUUUUUAGGAAUUUGGAUUGGUACAUUUGUAGCACAGAUAAUCCUAGUACAGUUUGGUGGGACAGUGUUUUCUACUAAGGCUCUGACACUGGACCAGUGGUUCUGGUGUGUGUUUCUGGGAGUUAGCACUUUAUUAUGGGGACAGAUUAUCACCACUAUUCCAACAUCUGUCUUGCCUAAGAGGAUCUGCUCUUGGGGCGGCAAGAAGCAACAGGAAGUGGAAGAAGACCAAGAGGAAGAAGCUGAGGAAGUGGACGGAGUUCCAGGGCGACGCGGCCAGAUCUUGUGGAUCAGAGGCCUGGCACGUCUCCAGACUCAGAUCCGUGUUGUCAACGCUUUCCAAAUGGACUUUGACACUUCCCAGUUAGACAGCUACGAUAAAAGGAGUCGGCCCUCAGUAAUUAGUCUUCAAUCUUUACAAUCAGCCCAGCAAAGGUCGGCCGUCGCCAAAAAACCCAAUCUGGCGAGCUCGCCGGAAAUAGAUGAAGGCAACAGUCGCGGCCCCUGGUUUGGAAGACAAGACAGUAUUCCAUACGCAGACGAAUAAGAUCAAUGAAAAUAGUUUUGAAUAUAGGUUUUAUUUUAAUUACACUCGGAAUAUUCCAUGGACUCGUUAUUUAUCCCUUGGUUUUAUUUUUUACUUCGUGUUCCUUUACUCGCUAAUGGUUAACUGCCCGUUUAAUAUGUUUGGUUUUAGACGUAAAGGUUUAUCAAAGUGUUUGCCCCAUCCCUUGUAAUGGCAGGUCAUCGAUAAAACGGAUGCUGAUUGUCAUGCAUGAAUGUUUGGCUUCCAGAAUAAAUGAUUAGGUAGAUCACCCGGAAUUGCUUGAUUGAAAGACAGGAAAGGUUUACCAGAAUCCAAAAAAAAAAAUAUUUACAUAUCUUAACCGCCAGUAGAGGCCAUCUCACUACAAUGUAGUUUUACAUUUAAAAUUGCAUGUCGAUUGGAUAAAUGUGUGCAUCCUUUGAUAUAAACCUGAUUAACCUGGACACUUUAAAAGUAAACUUGUAUGACUGUAGGAAUAGCCGGUAUAUUUAAAAAAGUACAUUAAAAAAGUUAUUGGGAUUUUUAAAAAUUAAGGGCUUAAAAUAUCCACUGAGGGGGGACUGUCUAGCUCUUUCUAGUAUUAGCUAACACGGCAGCUAUGAUUUGUGUUAAUAUUUAUUAUAGUCAUUAUAGAAGAAAAAAUAUGCAACUAGUAAAGAAAUAAAUAUAAGCUAAUAAAUUAAGUAAAGACUUGUAAAACGAGACGUCAUCAUAAACUUCACUAGUUUCGGUAAUGUUUGCAUUAUCUCCCCUUUCUUGUAGACUUCUUAAAAGUCCGGAGCUUUCAGGAAAGAUGUUCCAGCGAACAACCGGAUGAGGAAGUGACGUCAUUAUUGGAACAAUUUAAAAUUUUCUGCUUUACGUAGCUCAACCUUUUUUCGUCAACCCUGAUGCGCACUGACUGAAGGACAUCACAAUUUGCGCGCCAUUAUACUAAUAUAUGUAUCCACGAGACUCUUGUAGCAUAGUAACCUGGCAUGUCGAUAUUAAGGCAUGGCUCAUCACUAACCUAGAGUAAACUGAUUGGUGUUGAAAAAUUACUAUUAUUCCUUAGAGGUGGAAUGUAUUAAAGUGUUACGGGAGAUAUCACCUAUUAUACAAGUAUGCAUGCGACAUGUAUUUUGCAGUGAAUUGUCUAGUUAUUAUUCUAUUGUCUUCAUUAAUUGUAAAAUGUGACAUUGCGUCAUUUUUAUUUUUGGACACAAACUAUUUAACGUAACUUUGUUGUUUCAUGCAUAUUGCAUACACCAAGAAAUGCUGUUCAUGUUGUCAAGAUACGAGAUGAUGUAUACAUUAUUCCUAUUGUAAUUCAUCAACUGAUAUUAUAGAUCAUCAUUGAAUGAGGUGCACUGUGGAAAAUCUUUACGUACGAUCAGACUGGUUGCGUCAGCAAAUGUUCACAAUUUUUUUAUCUUCCUCUCUCCCUCUCUCUAGCACCGUUUCACUGUUGUAACCAAAUAUGCAGAAAAAUACUUUGCACAGUUUUCAAAUAUUAGCACUUUCAAGCCACAAAUCAGCAAAGAUUUAUUAAGAAUAUGAGAUAUUUCAAUUAUCUAAGAUUUGAAGAUUGAAUUGAAACCUGUUGAUUUUUAACUUCACAUAAUACUUGUUUCAGAUGCACUGACUUUUAACUAAGAUGUAAUGUAUGUAGCAGAAUGGCUAUAUAUAUUUGUUGAUUUGGAAUGUUAAGGAUAUUCACCAUUCUUGUUGAGUUUUUGUUCGUCUUGUACAUACACACAUAUAUUUAAUACCCUCUUCCAGCCAUUUUGAUUUUGUGAGUAGAGGAAGCAUGUUGCUAACUUGUUGCACUAUUUAAUAUUGAAGACGAGGCUGGCGCGCAAGGUCUGCUAUAAUUGACUGGAUGCUGCAAAUGUCUUACAUUAUUACUAUUGAAAUAAUCUAUCCAACCGUUCCACUCAGUUCUAUACACCGUUAUUAUGAGAUACAUAUCUCACUGAGCUAGAAAUAUCUUGCUAUUGAACUCUGCCAUGGCGCACAGAUAUAAUUUAGAUGGAGAAUUAACAAAAAUCUCGAUUCUCUUUGCAGGGAGUAUAGCUGUUAAUUAGUUAAUACACAUACUUGGCCUUGAACACAAAAUAUAUUUAGACAUCAGUCUCGGAAUACGAUGUGGUUUUUGUUAUAGUUGUGUAGGUAUCCCCAUGCAGGAGAAUCCUGUUACUAUAUUUAGAGUGGCUUCUGUCUUACUUCGUUCGAACAGAGGAUUUUAUGAAUAAAGAUUACCCCCUUCCCCCCCAAAAAAAACUGCUUGUGAUUCUGUUUGUAUGAGUUGAAUGCGAUUUGAAGAAAACUUAUAUUAUAUAUAAAGGUUUUGUACAAGGUUUUGUGAUAUAAGAAAACAAGGUUUAUAUAAUUUAUUGUGUUUUUAAUCCAAAGUGUGUUGUAUUAGAAACAUGUUGAAAUAAAGAAAUAACCUUUUUACAAAACUGGAA